AUGUCUAAACGUCCUCAUGAUGAUGAUGACGAUGAUGAAGAUGAUUAUAUGUCUGAUAAGAUUUUAGCUGUUGCGGCUAAAGUAGCUGCUCCUCAAUUUUUAAAUCCUCGUCGUCGGGAUUUACCACCACCACCUCCAACAGUUCCUACAGAGAAAGCUCGGAAAGUAAUUGAAAUUGAGCAACGUGAACAGGGUUUAUCAACUGCUAUAACAAGUGAUAAUAAAGGUUUUCAAUUAUUAAAAAAAAUGGGCUAUAAAGAAGGUUCAAAAUUAGGUGCAAAUCAAAAGAAUGGUUUAAUUGAACCGAUUUCUAUUACAAUUCAUCCAUCUCGAUCUGGUCUUGGUGAACAAAGUGAAAGAAAAGAAAAAGUUCGUAUAAAAGAAGAAACUAAAACAAAAUAUAAUCAACAAAUUCAAUCAACAUAUCAAGAUCAUUUGAAAGAAAAAUAUUAUUUGAAACGUCUUCGUAUCGAUAUUGCUAAAUGUCAAUCAAUAUGUGAAAGACUUGAUAAAGAAAAAUUUAAUUUAGAAGAAAAUGCUUUAUGGAAAAAUCAUGUACAAGAUAAAUUAGAAGAUAAUGACGAUGACGAAGAGAUUGAAGAUGAUGAUAUGGAAUCUCAAUUAAAAACGUUAACGAAUUAUUUAAGAGAAAAACAUCUAUAUUGUAUUUGGUGUGGACAAACAUUUGAAACAUUAGAUGAAUUAGAAAAUACUUGUCCAGGAAAUGAAAGAGAUUUACACUAA